UUGGAGGGGUAAAACUGUAAUUGUACUCUUACCUACUACUGCGCUUACACACAGGUGAAAAGGAUGAGCGGUGCUCAAAAUAUUAUUUUUUGGUUGUAAGUCCUAUCCUUCGAAAACAUUUAUUGUCUCAUGCUGUUUUGUAUGCCUAAUCCUGUCCCCUCUAGUGAAGCAUUCUUAUCUCAGGUUUUUUAAAUAAAAAAAAAAUGUUUUCGCGGAGCUUGUUAGCUGAACCAUAGCCUCUCCGGUGGAGCAUUUAUUUGUUUACAUAAAGAACCGACGUGUGACGAGCAAGUCAGCAUUGCUCCACAAAUAGAACAUAAACAAAACCAGGGCAUCAAAAUGGCCAUGCUGACUUUCCGCCGAGCAUUCAAUUAAUUUGACAAGACAACAUGGAGAAUGGUUGGUAUUUUCCAUCAUCCUUUGAAGCUUGGAAGCAGCAUGGUACUGAUGAAGUCCUUGGUAUUGAAACUGAAAUUGAAAGUGGUUUGAUAACAAAUGAUCUUCUUGUUAGCCAACCUCUUCAAUCUGAAGCAAACACUAAACCAAAGAAAAAGAAGAAACGAAGACCUCGAAGUGUUUCGUACGAAACUUUUCAUGACAAAUACUCUCUCAGCUCUCAAGUUCUUGGACGAGGUGCAAAUUCUUUGGUGUCUUUGGCAACAGACAAAGACCAAAAACAGUAUGCUGUGAAGAUUAUUGAUAAAUUUGAAGGCUAUGACAGAUGUAGAGUAUUGCGAGAAAUUGACUUACUUCAUUUCUUGGGAGAAUGUCCAAAUAUCUUGCAGUUGGUUGACUUUUAUGAGGAAGAGGACAAAUUUUAUCUUGUCUUUGAACGCAUGGAAGGUGGUCACUUGUUGAAACAUAUAGAGAGGAAAACCUAUUUCACUGAAAGAGAGGCUAGUUUGGUUGUAAAUGAUAUUGCUACUGCAUUAAAAUUUCUUCACGAUAAAGGAAUUGCUCAUCGUGAUUUAAAGCCUGAUAAUAUUUUAUGUAUUAAUGCUGACAGUAUUGUGCCAGUUGUUAUUUGUGAUUUUAAUCUUGCAAGUGGAAUAUCAAUGGUUGGUAGUGCUACAACUCCUGAACUAUAUACACCGGUUGGUUCAGCAGAAUAUAUGGCACCAGAGAUUGUCGACGCAUUUGUUGGAGAUGCACCAGCGUAUGAUAAAAGAUGCGAUCUGUGGAGUUUAGGAGUUAUUUUAUAUAUCAUGUUAAGCGGUCGGCCUCCAUUUGAAGGGGACUGUGGACGAGACUGCGAAUGGAAAGAUGGCGGAUCAUGCAGCGAGUGUCAAUCUUUACUUUGGCAUGGUAUAUUGGAUGCAGAUUAUGCCUUUCCAGAUGAAGGUUGGAUGAACGUAUCGUUGGAAGCGAAAGAUCUCAUUUCACAUUUGCUGGUGAAAGAAGCUUCGAAGAGAUAUUCGGUUGAUUCAGUUUUAUCACACCCGUGGCUUAAAAUGGCUAGUGAUAACCAGCUCAACACCCCUGACGUAUUAUCAAGUGAAUCUAUUACACACCGACUGAGUACGGUGACGUCCGAAGCUGUAGCCUAUCGCCGGAUUAUAUCUGAGCGACAAAACAGCAGCGAUGAAGAACACCACGUGAUCACAAGAUGGAGCACUCCUCCGAAAUUUGGACUUUCUCCGCCUGGAAAUUCACGACUUGCAAAAAGACGAUCGCUAAAAAAUAAACUUAACUCGUUAUCUCUAACAAAUAUUAGAACAGAAAAUAAAUCAGAUUCAGCUAACACCACCCCUAUUCAGUCCCCCAGUGUUGGUGCAAUAAUUGAACAACUAUUCGAAAAACAGUCAGAUCAAAAUGAUAAAAGUUCGGCUGCCGUACACGAAGACAUGAGGGCGGUUAUUAAAAGCCUUAAAAACGGACUAUUAUUAGACUUGUCUCCCGAAGAGAACUCGUCUCAUGGCAAUACUCCCGUUGCGACGCCCAGAAUGGUUGGUCCGUCAGAAAAUAUUUUGCCGCCCUAAAAAAGUAUGGAACGAAUAUCAUAACUUAGUAACGGUGUCUACUUUCCAACUCAACACAUCAAAACAAAGUUGACUAUUACACUCAAUGCUUAUUCCAUUAUUUCCCCUUUUUGCUUUAUAACUCGUUUAACCAGAUACUUGGAUUACGACUCGCUUAACCCUCUUGAUGAAAAAACCAGUUAUACCGUUAAACCGGCGAAAUUUAAAUAUUUUAUAAAUGAUAUUACUUUUAAUUUUUUCAAAUGAUUUUUAGACAGUGAGAUUUAUAUACAUUGAGUUUAAAAACUCUGGUGUUGUUUUAGCCAAUGACUUUUAUUGGUUUUGUUGUUUAUAUAUGAAUCACUUCAUUUAUUUAUUUCAUUGUGUUUUAUACAUAUACAUUAUGUUAUAGCGUUGCAUGGUGGUUACACCCUUUUGUAAAAUCUAGUGCAGAUUUUAACGAAACAGUAAAACAGACAUUUAAAAGACUAUGAGAGUGGAUAUUUUUGUUAAAAGUUCUGGAAUUCUGCAGAAUUAAAUUU